CAGCGCAACAGUUUUGUUUGAAGCGUCAACACGUGCGGUUCGACUUGAGCUGGCAGGUCGUCCUUUUCAACAUCGAACAGCAUUCGCGGGAAGUCGUCAGCCACUCCGAACAAGCCGUGCGCCCAAGCCGAUCCUUUCCCAUCUGACACCCAAACAGAGUGAAACUUUCAAGUACCCCGUAGAGUUCGGUGCUCCCAUCGAUCUCCCGAAAACACUGAAUUUUUUUUGUUUUUGUUGCGUGUCAGAAACCCGCCAAAGUCUAUUCCCAAGAAGUCAGGCAAUCAGUCGGGCGGCCGAAUUAAUCAAAUUAAAAGUACUUGCCGGAGCAAUUAAGCAGAAUGCCGUUCGCCCUUUAAGUUUCGCUUUGUUCGACGAUCGCACAGACGGAGGGAGGCGCCGGAGAGUCCUGGACGAGCGGAGCAGCUGAAGGCGGAAAAGCGGGCAUUGAACGGUGGCAGUCGGUGGCUCUGACAGUGGCAGUAAGUUACGGGCCAAGUUUCGCCGUAGAAGGAGCCCCAGUCGAAGGAGCCCGGAGGAGUCCGAGUGCCGGAGAAUAACUCAGCGCUUAUGAAAUAUGGAGCUGCUGCAGGCCCUCUGCUGCACGCUGCUCCUGCUCCUGGCCCGGAUGCAAGUUCUGCUCGCCGUCAGCUGGGAGGAUUGGUGGACAUACGAUGGCAUCUCAGGACCCGCCUUCUGGGGCCUCAUCAAUCCGGAGUGGUCACUCUGCAACAAGGGUCGCCGCCAGUCCCCGGUGAAUCUCGAGCCUCAGCGUCUCCUCUUCGACCCUAAUUUGCGGCCCAUGCACAUUGACAAGCACAGAAUAUCCGGAUUAAUAACCAACACGGGCCACAGCGUCAUCUUCACGGCUGGAAACGACACGGUCGCCAACUACGACGGAAUGCAGACCCCGGUGAACAUCUCGGGCGGGCCGCUCUCAUACCGCUACCGGUUCCACGAAAUCCACAUGCACUACGGACUCAACGACCAAUUCGGAUCGGAGCACAGCGUCGAGGGGUACACUUUCCCGGCGGAGAUACAAAUAUUCGGCUACAACUCCCAGCUGUACGCCAACUUCUCAGAUGCCCUUAAUCGCGCCCAGGGCAUCGUCGGCGUCUCCAUUCUCCUGCAGCUGGGCGACCUCUCCAACCCGGAGCUGCGCAUGCUCACCGAUCAGCUGGAGCGGAUCCGGUACGGGGGCGACGAGGCCUUCGUGAAACGGCUCUCCAUCCGGGGCCUGCUCCCGGACACGGACCACUACAUGACCUACGACGGCUCCACCACGGCCCCGGCCUGCCACGAGACAGUCACCUGGGUGGUCCUGAACAAGCCCAUCUACAUCACCAAGCAACAGCUACACGCCCUGCGCCGCCUGAUGCAGGGCAGCCCCGACCACCCUAAGGCGCCCCUGGGCAACAACUACCGGCCGCCCCAGCCGCUGCUGCACCGGCCCAUCCGCACGAACAUUGACUUCAAGACGUCGAAGGCGAACGGCAAGGCCGCCUGCCCCACCAUGUACCGCGAGGUGUACUACAAAGCCACCAGUUGGAAACAAAACUAAAAGUCAGCUACGUAACUGCGCGACGUGACGUUACGCAGCGUAAUGUACCGUGGGCGUAUGACGUAAGCAGCGAGCGACGUAAGGCGUGCAACAGGAGCUUCCACUAACCAUACAUAUAAAAGACGGAGGAGAAGGACACGAAGGGCAAUGGUCGCUGGCGGAAGGAGAGGACGUGGCCAUCAUGGCGACCGGAAACACAGACACAGACACAGACACACACUCACACGUACACACACACACACCCAUUCGUAGGCAAAGAGAGGAGGAGGAUCAGGAGGAGGAAAGUAUUUAUAGCGACUACAAUUACGAUAAUUAGCAUUAAAUGUGCAUUUUUUUGUCAAGCCCUCUGACGCUCUAGAAACAAAUCCAAUCACACCUUGAUUGUAGUCAAAGGUUUUUUUAAGUGUAUGCAUAGCGUAAGUGCCGAGAACAUAGCGAGUUAGUAUCUACCGGCAUAUCUAUUGCGCAACCCCACUACCUAGAGUACUGUAAAGUUAGAGAGCUAGGCUACAAAGAAGAUCAAAAGAUGUUGCAGUCACUCCGUGCUGCAGAGCCCACCCGACGACCUAGUCAGACUAGGACUAGGAUCGGGGGACACAGGACUUCGAGUAGGACCUACUUGUAUUCCCCCCCAUCGUGUGUAUAGAACGGCUUGGGCUGGGGCUUGGGGUGUGCGUGUGUUGAGGAGGAUAUAUGAACCAUUGAUGGCUUGUUUCUGGCUCUUUUUAAGGACUUCUGGCUCAAAAAAAGGCUUCGGGGCUUAGCACUCCCGAGCAUUUAAAUGCAAUUUCAAAAUUAUGAAUUUCGGGCGUUUUUAACACAUAAUCCCGAUGUAGAUACAGCGAGGCAGGGCUGCCGCAAAUGCGUGCAUUUUGCAUUUUAAAUGCACUUGACCGCAGUUGCCAUCGCAGUGAGCCACGCCCCCGGCCACAUCCUCCCGGGGAGGACCUUAUCAAGCCGGCUCAACCAGGACAGCCCAGACAAGCAGGACAAGCAGGGCAGCCAGGACAGCCGGGACAGCCAGGAUAGCCAGGACAGGCGGGGCGAGUGGCAACCCACCCGGGACCGUCAGGCUGUCCCUUAUCGAACGCAAAUGCAACAUGAAACCACAAAAUCUGUUGUGGUUAUUUAAAAUCACGUUUAAAUACGAAAGUGCAGCUUCGGUUUGGGCGUUCGGGGGGCGG